CAGCUCGCAUACCCCGCGGCCGCGGACGCAGAAGCAUCCGCAAUCGUCCAUCCACUCUCAGGUCAACACCCCCCUCGGCGAUGCCGGCCAGGAGGCGAGACCGCCGGAAUCACCCGCCUCCAGAUCGCGCGUCCGGUUCCGACCGCCCGGGACGAGAUUCUCGAACCGGAAGCCCCGCAGCCGCUACUCGCCGGUUCCCCUCCUCCACUCCCCUCCUCGUCUUCUCCCUCGCCUUCUUCUUGGUCGCGGGGUCCCUCGCGGUGUACCGCGGCAACCGCCGCUCGCCGGAGGCUGCCGCGUCGCCGGCUCUCUCCGUCUACGAGCGGGGCCUAGUCAAGCGCGACGUCUCCUUCCAAGAAAUCCUCACCGAGCAUGGAAGGGUUUCCGAGAACAAGUCUGGCCGCCACUUCCCGAAUUCCGUGCUCGCAUACAUAACUCCCUGGAAUUCCAGAGGCUAUGAAAUGGCAAAGCUGUUCAAUUCUAAGCUCACACAUCUAUCGCCUGUCUGGUAUGAGCUGAAGAGUGAAGGAAAGAAACUAGUUCUUGAAGGACGGCAUAAUGCUGACAUCAAAUGGAUUUCCGAAGUUCGAAUGAAUGGACAUUCUCUGGUUUUACCUAGAGUUGUUCUAGAAGCAUUUCCUGCAGAGCUGCUCCUGAAGAAGAAGCAGUGGACUAAGGCAAUUGAUGUCAUAAUAAUGGAGUGCAAGGAAAUGGGGUAUGACGGUAUUGUGCUAGAAUCCUGGUCAAGAUGGGCAGCUUAUGGUGUACUGAAUGAUCUGGACAUGCGUAGUAUGGCACUACAAUUCAUCAAGCAGCUGGGAGAAGCUUUGCAUUCAGUGAGCUCAAUGACAGAUGCUGCUCGCCAUUUGGAAUUGAUUUAUGUCAUUUCCCCUCCUCAUGCAGAAAAGCUUGGUGAAUAUGAUCUUGGGCCACAAGAUCUUCAGCAGCUUAGCGAUGCCAUAGAUGGUUUCUCUCUCAUGACUUAUGAUUUCUCAGGGCCUAAUCGUCCUGGUCCAAAUGCUCCCUUAAACUGGAUACGUUCUACACUGCAUAUGCUUCUUGAUGAUUCUAACUCUGACGCUCAUGGCCAUGCUCGCAAAAUCUUCCUAGGCAUCAAUUUUUAUGGGAAUGAUUUCAUUCUCUCAGAAGGUUUAGGUGGUGGAGCUAUCACUGGAAGGGAGUACAUUUCAUUGCUGGAGAAGCACAAACCUGUGCUUCGGUGGGAUGACAAAAGCGCUGAGCAUUUUUUCAUCUAUUCACAUAACACUGUGAGGCAUGCUGUAUUUUACCCAUCGUUGAUGUCGAUUUCUGUGCGGCUGGAUGAAGCUCAAGACUGGGGAGCUGGCCUUUCAAUUUGGGAAAUUGGACAAGGCUUAGAUUACUUUUUUGAUCUUCUCUAACCUCAACUGAUCCUAUCUUUAUUAGUUUUUGUCAGUGGAAGUUGCAAUGUGCUAAUGUAAAAGGAGUACUAAUUUUCUGUUUUCUGAAGGGUCGAGCUGUUUAUGCCCUAGCUGAAUUCAUAUCCAUGAGAGAUUAUCGCAAUUGUUUAAAUCAUCUGUAAGUGAAGCAGGGCCCUGCCUUUUAACAAUGGGAUGAUAUGCAAUCAUUCAGUUAUCAUUUUUGCUAUAA